AUGAUUUCUCAUUUAUCACGUAUACAUAUUAAUUUCUUCUUGAUACGAACAUCAAUUCUUAAUCGUAGAUUAUCAACUAUUGAUAUUAACGACGAAGAUUAUUCACUUUCAACAAUAAUGACCGAUAAUGUACAAGUAAAAGAAGGCAAAGCAAAUAUUCAUUUACCCGAGGGUGCUGUUUUUUAUAAUCCAGCUCAAGUAUUUAAUCGUGAUUUAAGUGUAGCUUGUCUUCGUCUUGUUUCAAAAUAUCAUCAUGAAAAUGAAUGUAAAAAAAUUAAAAAGAAUGAUCCGAAUGCAACUUGUAUACCAUUUGAUCAAUUAUCUGCUGGUGUACGACAAGAGAAUGGAUUGAAAAUUGCCGAAGCAUUAUCAGCUACAGGACUACGAUCUAUUCGAUAUGCACGUGAAAUUCCAGGUAUUGAUACAAUCUAUGCAAAUGAUAUUGAUGCAGGAGCAGUUGAAUCAAUAAAACAAAAUAUUGAUUCAAAUGAUGUAAAACAUCUUGUUCAAGCAAGUCAUGAUGACGCUAUGAAUCUAUUAUACAGUCAUAGAAAAGUAGAUCGUCAAUUUCAUGUUGUAGAUUUAGAUCCAUAUGGUACACCAGCACAAUUUUUAGAUGGAGCAGUACAAUGUAUUAAAAAGAAUGGUGUUCUUUGUAUAACAGCUACUGAUAUGGCAUCAUUAUGUGGAAAUAAUCCUCAUAGUUGUUAUUCCAAAUAUGGAUCAAUACCAUUACAUCAACCAUUUUGUCAUGAAUUUGCACUUCGUAUGAUACUUUAUACAUUACAUAUGCAAGCUGCUCGUUAUGAUCGAAUAAUUGAACCAUUAUUAUGUAUGUCUAUUGAUUUUUAUGUACGUCUUUUUGUACGUAUUGGUUAUGGAUCUGCUAAAGCGCAAAGUCAAUUAGGUGAAAUAGCAACAGUAUACAAUUGUGUCUAUUGUAGUUCAUUUUUUUUUCAACCCUAUGGACAAGCAUCACUUGAUGAACGUGGUAAUGCAAAAUUUAAAUAUGCACAUGGACCACCAGUAGGCACAAAUUGUUCACAUUGUGCGUCGAAUCUUCGAGUGGGUGGUCCAAUUUGGCUUGGACCUUUAUUUGAUCAUUCUUUUGUUAAUGAACUUAUUACAUCAAUUGAACAAGCACCUGAAGAUAGUUAUGCCUAUCGAGAUCGAAUGUUAAGUAUGUUAUAUGUUGUAAAAGAAGAAUUACCUGAUCCAUUAUAUUUUGAUAAUGGAAAGCUCGCUCGUGUUAUGCAUACACAUAUUCCACAAAAUAAACUUAUCAAAUCAGCUUUAUUAAAUGCUGGUUAUCGUGUAUCAACAUCUCAUGCUCGUCAAGAUUCAAUAAAAACUAAUGCACCACAUCAUAUUGUUUGGGACAUAAUGCGUGCAUUUGCUGAACAAUCAUCAACAAAACGUGCAACUACAGAACGAUUAAAUACUGAUUCAUCUUAUUAUCAUCUUUUAACAAAACCAUCAACAAUUCAAGUAGAUUUUACUGAACAUCCUGAUUGGGAAUCAGAAGCUAGAAAAAAUAAAUUAAUACGUUUUAUGGGUAAUCCACAUGCAAGAUGGGGGCCACUAGGAAAAGCUGUAACAAAGAAAAAACGUUCAAAUGAUGAUAAUGAUUCUAUACCCAACAAAAAACAAACAAAAUCUGAUGAAGACUCAUCAACUGAAGAAAAUCUGUGA